AUGAGAGCAACGGCUGCAUGUCUUGCGCUCCUCAUUGCUGCAGUUCGCGGACUGGAUUUAAGAGGAACGCUCCCCGUCGACGCUAACACCGACCACAACGGGGACGACCUUAGCGUGUUCCCACAAAGCAACCACGAUGGCUGGGUUAACCCCGAGGACCUGCCUCCCAUGCCCCAGUGCAUCGCCCAGCAAGAUCAGUCCUCCUGGCUGAGCGCCAUAACACAAUGCACCACCAAGCGAUGCACCUCCCACUUCGGAAUCAUCUGCACCCACCACCAGUGGCUGACCCAGCUCAGCUGCCUUAGCACCGCAUUUUCUCCGGACGUCCUUGAUCGGUAUAUCCCGUACUGUGCCAGAUCAAUCCUCGCCCACGCGCAAUUGUACCACUGGAUUCAUGCCACCACCGGUCGAACGUGGCUGUCUCAUGUCGGCGACGCGAUCGGUCUGCAAGAUCUCUCCCCGGCUUCCCUGGACCAAGGAUUCGCAGCCAUCGAAACGACUGACAAGGCACCAACAUGUCUGAUCGGCGCGAUUUCCGCUCGAUCAGAGGAGUCGUUUCAAGGUGUAAUGGCAUCUUGCGGGUUCACGAGUACUACCCAGCACACUGGGAACGCCGCUCGUCCGUGGGAAUAUAGCGAAUCGCAACGGUCCAUCAUCGCUCUGGAUUACGAAACGGCUGGUUACAACGCCAUCGGACGCCACAUCAGAGACGGUGACUAUUUCGAUAAAGAAUGCUUCUGUAACGCCUUUACGCUCAAUCUAGAAAACGAACCCUGUUCUGCCUCUGGACAAUUGGAUGUCACGAAAGAGCGCCUUUGGAUUAGCGCCACAUGCGGACCGGCGUCUCUACCUCAGCACUGGGCGGACAGCCUCAAAACCACGCAAUACGCCUAUAUCCCCAUCGAACGCUGGCACUGGCCCCAGUGUGUCGCGGAUAUGCCGAAGCAAGUGACCGAGCUUCCAGAUCAAUGUGCGACUGAUGCAUGCGAUCUCGACGUGAGCGGCUACUGCAAGGUCAGGCGUGCAAUUGAUCGGGCAUGCGUCUGCCGCAGCAUCAGCUAUGAUUCCUGCGGCGGCUCAUGCCACUUAUUCGAGAACAGAAUGGACUACCUCAAGUGGCUCCACGAUCUCUGCAGCGAUGUCCAGGGCUGGCACGGCCUGCCGGAUAAUUGGCGUCAGUUAGCCGUCCCGAGCCCUAGUGAAAUGGUUCCGUGGCGGUGGACCGUCAAGCCGUCCAACGACUCAUAUAGACAUCCUGGAGACAGCGGGUUAAUGAAACCAAGUUAUCCGAGCGCGUGGAAUCUAGGAAGCUCUGCCCUAGUCAACAUAGCUACGUUCCUUGCCGCGUUUCGCAGCAAGCAGACAUAUGCAUCCCGCCCGCGUAUUGCGCAGGAAUCCCCAUGGUCCUCACACCCGCAAUUUUGCGUCAUGAAGGCGACAUUAAUCGCGGGCCUGCACAUCCUUACAAACUGGAUCAACAGCUUGAUCGUGCAAAGCUCCCCCAGAUAUUACGACGUCCCGGCUUUCCAGUUGACGCUCCUCUGGUCCUCGAUGCCUCGUUUCUCAUGGGUGUUACUAGGGAUUGUGCUGGUUGCCCCGCAGCACUCAGGAACGAUCAAAGAAUCUGCGGCCGCAACAAUCCUGUAUGCGGAAUGCAUCACGCAGUCCCUAUCGCUAUACUACAUGUUCAAGACCGUCAGCUACGGCCUACAACAUGACUCCUACCUUGGAGCUCUGGUCGGCGCGGAUAGAGGAGACAUGGCGACAAUCAUGUAUGCCGGAGCCCUCAUGUGGGUUUUUCUGAUCGGCGCCGCGCUUAUUCAGCUAUGCUUGUCUGAAGAGAAGAUCGUCGGAGAUGGGGUGACCGGAUCUGGCGAUCCGGCUGGUCGUCCUAGUCCCAGCCCCAGCCCGCCUGCGAAACGGGAGAGGUCCGAGCAGACGCCGCUCGCAGGUUCGGAUCCGACGCUAGGAGACCGUCACAGUGCAGGUGCAAGUGUCCGGGUAUACGGCACUUUUUCCGCGCAACAGUCUGAAGACCAUCCGCCGCCGGCUUCCGAGCAACCAUAUAAAUCGCCGUAUACGACCGCGGUCAUAUUCAUGUUUCUUCUCUGGGCGGCGCAGUGGCUUUUUUGGGGUGGGUUUGUUGGCCUCGCUGCAGAAGAGUAUUGUCUUCCGAACCUCAAACUUCUUACGGCUGUGUGGGCCGCCGCGUCUUGGGUUAGCGUUGAUAUUAUUCGCAUGUGA